GUUUAUAUCUCUCGGCUCUCUCGCAUAACCUUUUUCGCCGAAACUCAUCUUCUCAGCCGAGAAAAACAUUUCAGCCAUCACCGAUCAGUUUUGGUGUAAAAUUCAGAAAUGGGUUGUACUGUGAGGGAGAAGCAUGUGAAACCUAGCCGUAGGAUCCGACCCGUUGCGUUUAGAUCCGACCCGCCUUUGUGUUUGAUCGAGAGGAUUGCUCUGUCGAAAUCAAUCGUUGAGUCGAGUCUCAAAAACCUUGUUUAUCAUCCAGGUCUUAGUGAUUCUGGCUCUGUAAAUUCGAGCCCUAGCGAGGAGAAUAUUUGGGGUUAUUGUACUGAGGAGCAUUUGGAAGAGAUAUUGCUGAAACAUUUGGAGUUUUUGUAUAGCCAAGCUGUUUCCAAGCUUCUUGACUUGGGUUAUGAGGAAGGUGUUGCCAUUAAAGCGGUUUUGAGUAAUGGUCACUGUUAUGGUGAAUUGGAUGUUUUGACAAAUAUAGUGAAUAACUCAUUGUCUUAUCUGAAUAGUAGUAGCGGUGGAUGUGGAGGUGAUAGUGAUGGUAAAGGUGAGGAUCGGUCGGAGACUGGUUUUACGGAUUUGAGAGAUUUGGAGGAGUAUUCUCUUGCUGGUAUGAUUUACUUGUUGCAACAAGUUAAGCCUAAUUUGAGUAAAGGUGAUGCAAUGUGGUGUUUGUUAAUGAGCGAGCUCCAUGUUGGUAGGGCGAGUACUAUGGAUAUCCCAAUUCCAGGGAAUAGGGCUAGUUGUUGUAUUAAGGAAGAUAGUAAUAAAGAGGAUGUUGGUAGUACUUUAGAUCUUGCUGGUUUUAUGGCACCAGCAUUGUGUCGAUUCCAUGGAGGUUGGGAUUUUGGGAAUGGUGGAGGGCCUGAGUUUUCUGGUAAAGGGUUUUCUACAAAUGGUGCUGAGUUAAAACUGCAGAGAGAGAUUGAUUGUCCGAAAAGGUUUAAUCUUUCGCCGUCCAUGAAGUCCUUGUUGAAGCGGAAUGUUGCAGCUUUUGCUGCUGGUUUUCGUGCUAGUAUGAAACAGAAGCAGAUACAGUCUGAAACUAGUGGUGAUAGCAUAUCUUGUAACGAUCCUGUACGUGUGGAAACUUGUGAGCAGCAGCCACGCAAGACAGGGAGUGAAGAAAGUGUUAGUUCGGUGUUGGAGAAAUUCCGUGAUCUGAACCUUGAUGAUAAUCUGGAAUCGGUGGGCAAGGAUGAUAAGGAUUGUGUGAUAGUCAAUCUGCUUCAUCAAGUCAAGGAUCUCGAGAAAAAGUUAAAGGAGAGGAAAGACUGGGCUCAGAAGAAGGCAAUGCAAGCUGCUCAAAAGGUCAGCGAAGAAUUGGCUGAGCUUAAGUCAUUGAAUAGUGAAAGAGAAGCAAUCCAACUGCUGAAAAAGGGUAAAAAAGCUGUUGAAGAAUCAACCAUGAAAAGAUUAACCGACAAGGAAAAUGAACUUAGAAAAGCUAGUGGUCAAAUGGACAGAGCAAAUGUUAUAGUAAGAAAGCUUGAGAAUCAAAAUGCAGAAAUCCGAGCAGAGAGGGAGGGUUCCAAGUUAAGUGCUUCAGAAUCGCUUAAAGCAUGCAUGGAAGAAUCAAAGAAGGAGAAAAAAUGCUUGAAGAAGCUUGGGGCAUGGGACAAGCAGAAGUUAAAGUUGCAGGAUGAGAUUACUGCCGAGAAAGAAAAAAUUAAGGCCCUUUAUAGGACUUUAGCUCAGACUACACAGGAUGAAAAGGAAAUUGAGGCGAAAUGGAGGCAAGAGCAGAAAGCAAAGGAGGAAGCUCAAGCUCAAAUGGAGGAAGAACAACGCUCAAAAGAAGCAGCUGAGGGUCACAACAAGAGAAAGCUCGAGACUCUACGGCUAAAAAUCGAACUAGACUUCCAAAGACGCAAAGAUGAUCACCAAAGACUAGAGCAAGAACUCUCUCGACUCAAAGCCUCUUCAGAUACAGACUCAAGCCACAUAUCGAACAACGCUUGGCAACCCGAAAAAUCCCAAGGAGAAAACAUCGCUAAGCUGCUUGAAGAACUCGAUAAACUUGAAGGGUCUUAUGACAAUGAAGCAAACUAUGAUCGAGAAUGCAUCAUCUGUAUGAAAGAUGAAGUCUCUGUGGUGUUCCUCCCUUGUGCACAUCAAGUUGUGUGUGCUAGUUGCAGUGAUAGCUUCUUUGCAACCAACAACAACGGCGGAAGGAAAGUCACUUGUCCUUGUUGCCGAAGUUUGGUUCAGCAACGAAUCCGUAUCUUUGGAGCAACCUCAUAAAAGCUCGAAAUAACUUCUCUUCUGGUUUCAAAGAGACAUCACAACUUCAGUUUUUACUUUGUAAGUACAAAAAUAAAUGUUUAGCUUCUUCUUGAGAGAUUUUUUAUACUCUGCAAAUUUAUUUUUUUCCCCGAGAAAAUAUCAUGCAUGAUGUAAAAUAAAUUACGAUCGUGAUCAAAAACUUCGUUCGGUU